AUGAACUCGUUUGGUGAAGGCAUAGACCAACCGAGAGGUUCCAUGAGUCUCAUGAACUUGCUAAGUGGUAACCAAACUAAACCCACUACCAAAGUACGAAAGAAGAAGAAUGAAGACGAACAUGUUAUUGAAUAUCAACAAUCACAACUAGAGUCCAAGAUGUUUGCUAAUCGAAAACCAACAUCCGUAAACAACUUACUUAAGAAGAUUGACAUCGAGGAGAUCCCUGAUGAUGAUACUUCCAAUCUUGAGUCUAUGAUAUUUGCUAAUUCAAAACGAAUCUCCGCUCGUGAUUUGUUCAAGAAACCAAGGCAAGAAGAAACACCUGACAUUAUAGAAGUUAUAGAAGAACAACCUAUAGAAAUUAUAGACACUGAAGAACCACAGAAGAAAAUAGACGAACUGAAAAUGUUUACUACCGCAAAGCGAACUACAGUAAAGGACUUGUUCAAACUGUUUAAACCGAAAUACCAAGUGACACUCAAGGUGUCCCCAGACAAGCUACGAGAAAUAGGAAAACCAAUAGUUAUCGAGGAUGCUCCAAGUAUGUUUGUUACACUUAAGGUUGAUACUGAAGCGUUGAAACGUAUACGACGAGAGAAGAAUGCCAAGAAUUCCAUCCUUGCUUCCAUGAUGCAGUUCUCGAAACAAUCCGCCAAGACAAAGUUCCCCAAGUUGAAAGAAUUGCCCAUGGUUCCGUUGCUCAGAGAGCAGUUUCAUGUAAGUGCUGGAGCAGCUACAGAAUCAAGAAGCAUUACCUUACCACACAGACAACGAAGAGAUAUAUCGUUGGAAGGAGAAUACACUUACACCCAUGACAACUCAAUUGAUAAACCUAGCACAUAUCAGAUGCCAUCUACACACACCGACCGAGCACAACUUGCAUUGGCAAAACUCCCUCACCUCAAGUCCAACCCUGCCUUGUAUUCACUAUACGAAAAAUACCUCCUCCCGGACAUAACACCCUCGCAUGACGUGCUCUGGGUCGACUUCUUCAAACCAGAAACCAUGAAUGAAUUACUAAUGCACAAGACCAACAUCAAAUUAAUAUCCUCCUGGAUCACCAACUCAUUCAACAGAAAGCGCAGGGAUGACCCUUUCGAAGAAGAAGAAAUCGCCCUGCAGUUGCUCAUCCUUCAAGGAUCCCAAGGAUCGGGGAAAUCUACGGCGGUGUACACCGCCAUGAAUGAAAUGAGUGGGUAUGUUCACGAAAUCAACAGUGGAAUGGCCCGUGGACGUCGUGAUAUAUACACUAAUCUCAAACAAUUGUGUACUACUCAUUUAGUCUCACGCGAGCUCGGGCUUAUUCUUUUGGAAGACGUUAAUAUUUUGUUUGAUCAGGACAAAACGUUUUGGCAGGUUGUGCAAGACAUAGUGGCGAUCAGCAAGCGUCCCAUUGUGUUAACGUGUGAAGAGUUAUGGAAUAUCCCGAAGCUGUUGAUUAGGUUGGCGGAAGCCAAUGAUUCAAUUGUGUUUAUUGAUGACUGCGUGGUGGGGAGACAGGAAGUUAUGGAUUAUUUAUGGCUAUGUUGUUUGGUUCAUGGAUUUAAUGUAGAAGAGACAGUAUUGAACGAGAUUUCAGAAGAGAGUUUCAACGGGGUUACCUAUGACUUACGACAAUGUUUAAUGAAUUGUGAGAUAUUAUGUAAAUUGCAGUCAGACCAAAUAGUGGAUAUCAAGUCAUUUCCUGAUGAACAGCUCCCACAAACAGAUGAUAUUUCAACAAUGGCUGCAAUGUUAGAGAUUGGUUCGUCAGCCGAUGUCAUCUCAUCAGGAAGCAUCUCCCAAAUCGAGCAUUCGUAUCAACCAAAUCAAUUCACUGACAUUUACUACAUUGACGAAUCAAGCAAGCUUACACAGCCCACAUUAUCAUUCGAACUCAACAUGGGAAACGAAUUACAAAACAGUCUACACAUCAACAAAACACUACCACUGCCCAAAUACACCAUGAAUGAUUUACGCUACGAAUGUAAUGAAUUCAUUGGAUCACGAUCAAAGAAAAUACCACAAUACAUGUAUGACUACCCGAGAAGAACGCUUCGAUCAGGAUUCUCGGAAAGUUUCUCCGACCAAACUGGGAUCCCCGACACGUCAUUCCUUCAUAAUAUAUCUCCGACUCCGUUUGUGCUUGACUUGUUGCCGUAUACUAGAAUCUGGCAAUCGUUUCAAAUAUGUAUUACCAAAGUAGAGGAGGACGCAGUGAAAGAAGAUAGAGCUAGUGUUAAGAAGUUUCUUAACUACCGGGAUUUCCAGUAUAAGUCGACUUUGAAUGCUACCAUGACCACUUAUUUUGGUUAG